AUGAAUUGUAAACGUGAUGUUAUCCCCGAUAUUGGAGCUACAGUGACAACAUUUGUGACACUGUAUACAGGAUCCGCAAGCAGCGAUGCCUAUGAGAUCGUGCGCAAAAUUGGCUUUGGGAAACACGCAGAUAUCUUCGAAGGUGUUCGGAUGAUAGAUCUCAAGAGAUGCAUAGUCAAGCCAGCGAAAGAAGUAGGGAGGCUCAGCAUAGAGCAGGAGAUCAAAAUCCUUCGCUCUCUUGGAGGCGGGAUAAAUAUCCCGAAACUCUACGACAUUGUGCAAGACAGCCAGAUGGAACCGCCGUCCUUGGUCUUUGAAUACAUUGAGAAUAUCGAUUUCCGAACUUUAUAUCCUACAUUUAGCGACGGAGACGUCCGCUACUAUAUGAAAGAACUUCUUAAAGCCGUUGAAUUUUGUCAUAGCAAGAGCGUCAUGCAUAGAGAUAUUCGUCCGCACAACAUAAUGAUUGACCACAAUCAACGAAAGCUACGACUAUUUGGCUGGGAUUACGCCGAAGUUCAUGUUCCCAACUGUAGAUAUAGCGUCAGAGUUGGUCGAGGUUUCCACAAGGCUCCGGAACUACUUUUACAGUACGAAGAGUAUGACUGCAGCGUAGAUAUAUGGAACGUAGGAGUAGUUAUUGCGUCUAUGGUCUUCAGGAAAGAGCCAUUCUUUCAUGGAGCGAGCAAUUUUCAUAUCCUACAGGCGAUUGCCAGGGUGCUAGGCACCAAAGGCCUGCUCAACUAUGUGGAGAAGUACGAUAUGGAAACCAUCACGGAUGGUAUUGAUGCUAUCGCGCAUUUCGAGAGGAGGAGUUGGCAAAGUUUUUUCAACGAGAGCAAUGAACGAUUUGCAAGUAUGGAGGUCAUGGAUCUCUUGGAUAAGCUGCUUCAAUGGGAUCAUAAACAACGACUUACUGCUGGGGAUGCCUUGAAACAUGCCUAUUUUAACCGGUAA